AUGUAUGAUUCGAUUGCGCAGCAAGAUGUGGCAGAGACAGAGCAUACAACUGAUCCUGUUGGAGUGGUAGAUACAGAGGAUGCUAAUCCAGCUGAUCAGGAUUUGGUAGGGAUGUCAGUGUGUUCGGUUGAUGAAGCAUAUGACAUGUAUAAUGAUUAUGCUUUUAGAGUAGGUUUUUGUGUGAGGAGGGGUAAGCAAAGAUAUAAUUCUGCUACAAAAACAAUGGAGACGAAGAUGUUCCAUUGUUCGAAGGAUGGAUUUAAAAGGAGUACAAGAAAAGGGUGUUAUUCUAAAAUUGAUGGUCGUACAGGUUGUGGUGCAUUUGUCCAAUUCGAUUGA